UAAAAUUCAUUUUAAUCUGCAACCACUAUUCAACCAGUUCAGUGACGAAUUUGGUGAUACAAUUAUAGAAAUGGAUAAUAAAGCUACAGAUGAUGAUAAUAAAUUAACUGAAAGGUCUCAAUGGGGUAACGAGCUGGAAUUCUUGAUGUCAUGCAUAGCAAUGUCGGUAGGACUUGGAAAUGUUUGGCGAUUUCCAUUUAUAGCUAAUGAGAAUGGAGGUGGAGCUUUCCUUAUACCGUAUAUUAUCGUUUUGACGGUAAUUGCAAGACCCAUGUACUAUAUGGAAAUGACUGUAGGACAGUUCACAAGUAGAGGACCAGUUAAAACGUAUUCCAAACUGUCACCUGUACUUAAAGGCAUAGGUAUUACUCAUAUCAUAGGAUCAACUUGUGUUGCCUCAUACUAUUGCAUCCUGAUGGCAAUCACAUUAUGUUAUUUGAUCAACUCCUUCACAAGUAACUUCCCAUGGGCAACAUGCUCUUCAGAUUGGGAUGAAUAUUUAAGACAACGAAAUUUGACAUGCGUCGAUACUAAGAGUACAUUAUCAAAUCAUUCAGGAAGGAACACUAUCAGCUCAUCGGAAUUAUAUUAUCGGAGAGAAAUUCUAAAACAGAAAGAUGAUAUAAGUGAUGGUAUUGGUUUCCCUGAUUGGAAAUUAACUUUAUUCCUAUUAUUAUCCUGGUUCGUUACAUUUUUAAUAUCAUCUAGAGGUGUGAGAAGUUCGGGUAAAGCUGCCUACUUCUUGGCUAUCUUUCCUUAUAUAAUUAUGUUAACCCUAUUAGUCAGAGCUGUAACUUUACCUGGAGCAUUGGACGGAAUGUUAUAUUUUAUAGAAACUGAUUUUUCAAAAUUGCUGGAGGCUAAAGUUUGGUAUGCAGCAGUCACUCAGUGUUUCUUUUCAUUAAAUAUUGGAUUUGGGAACAUAAUUACUCUUGCAUCUUAUAAUAAAUUCAAUCAUAACAUAAAUCGUGAUGCUCUCAUUGUAACAACUCUGGAUACAUUUACUUCUUUAUUUUCUGGUAUCACUAUUUUUGGUAUUCUGGGAAAUCUAGCUCUUGAAUUGGGUAUUCCUCCAAGUGAAGUGGUUUCUCCUGGUGGAGGUGCCGGUAUAGCUUUCAUAUCUUACCCAGAUGCUCUCUCCAAGUUCACAUUUGCACCUUGGUUGUUUGCUAUUGCUUUUUUCGUCAUGCUUUUCGUUUUGGGUAUUGGAAGUUUGGCAGCCUUGCACGUAAAUUUGAACAGCCUAUUCAAAGACGCCUUUCCAAAUGUAGCAGAUUGGAAGAUAUCAGGUUGUACUGCUCUCUGCCUCUUUCUUGUUGGUCUUAUCUAUACCACACCGGGUGGACAAUAUGUUUUAGACCUAGCCGAUUUUUUUGGAGGAACUUUCGUCAUAUUCACAGGAGCUCUCUGUGAAAUUUUCGUGAUUUUAUAUCUUUAUGGUGUAGAAAAUCUAUGUAUUGAUUUGGAAUUUAUGACGAAGAGAAUAGCGGGGCUAUACUGGAGGAUAACUUGGCUAGUUAUACCAAUUUUGCUUCUCAUAAUUUUUGUUUAUUUUGUGGUUACGUUAGAACCUCUAGUUUAUGGUAUUGAUAGUUUACCUGUUCCCAUAGGACUCAAAGUAUUUGGUUGGGGCAUAGUGACUGUCAUGGUAGUACAAAUGAUUGGAUAUUUACUCUAUUACCUGUAUAAAAAUUGGAAAUAUCCAGGAAUACAGAAAUUUACGAAAACAUUUUCGACGGAAACUUAUGGACCUGAUGGUGUAGAGCGAACUAAUGCAUGGAAGGAGUUUAAACAGGAGAAAAAAUUACAACAGAAAGCUGUAAACGAUUCAUUGAUCAAGAGGAAAUUGAAAAUAUUAUUAGGAAAGUAACUAAUUCAAUGUUCGAUUAAUUUUUGUAUUAUAAUUAUUACAUACUAUAAGAGUA